GCCAAACUUAUACAUUUAUUAUACACUACUCUAUGGAUUGUCACAUUGGUAUUAUCACUGAUUUUCUCCAAUAUCAAAUGCGACAUGCAUCCUGUCGUCUCCUCUUUGCUUUUUACUCCAUAGGUUUGACAAAUAUAAAUCAACCCUCAGUGCAAUAUAAUCCCUUUUUACCACAGAGCCCUGCAGCUCCUUUUGCUGCUCACACACUCUCACCCUUCUACGUUCUCAGGUGUUCAGGUGUGUCUUUACAUGCUUCAACCUUUACAGUGAUUGCUUCACAAUCCAUUACUGCCUGCUGUGUGGACAUUGAGGCAAAAAUUCGUAGACACUGAAUGGCUUGAAUGAACAUCAUUACAUUUCUGCAAAGGAUUUGUUCUAUUUUAUAUCCCAUGAUUUUCACAGCUAAAGCAACAAUGUGGGAAAGUUGGAUGUCUGCAGUGCUGCUCUUUUUUCUGGUGGAGCCAGCUCACCUACAGCGAGAAUGUGAGGGGAGCUCGUGCCACCCCACACUAGGUGAUCUUAUGGUGGGCCGUGCUGCUCAACUCUCUGCUUCAUCCACCUGUGGCCUAAAUGGGCCCCAGAACUACUGCAUUCUGGGUUACCUUGAGGAUGAACAGAAAUGCUUCACCUGUGACUCUCGGAGCCCCUACAAUCGAUACAACAAUCGUAAUAGCCAUCGGAUAGAAAAUAUCAUAACCACCUUUGAGCCAGAGCGUAAGAUGAAAUGGUGGCAGUCUGUAAACAAUGUGCAUCAAGUCAGCAUUCAACUAGACUUGGAGACUAUGUUUCAGUUUAGCCAUUUAGUUAUGACAUUCAAGAGUUUCAGACCUGCUGCAAUGCUGGUAGAGAAGUCAAAGGAUUUUGGUCAUACUUGGAAGGUGUUGAGGUAUUUCUCUGCAGACUGUGCUAGCGACUUCCCCAGAAUCUCAGCAGGACCAGCAGAAACUAUAGAUGACCUCAUCUGUGAAAGCCGCUACUCUGGAGCCGAGCCUUCUACUGAUGGCGAGGUGGUGUUAAAAGCUUUGGACCCCCACUUUCAUAUUGAAAAUCCAUUUGACCCUACCAUUCAAGAACUCAUCACCAUGACUAAUCUGCGAGUGAACUUUACACGUUUACUCACACUGGGUGAUGACUUGUUGGGGCGGAAGAGGAGGAACCCACAGGACAAAUACUACUAUGCCCUCUAUGAGAUGGUGGUCAGAGGGAGCUGCUUCUGCAAUGGCCAUGCCAGCCAGUGUAUGCCAGUUUAUAACCCACGUGGAGAUACCUUCAAUGAACCUGGCAUGGUUCAUGGGAAAUGUGUUUGUCAACAUAACACUAUGGGGAGCAACUGUGAGAAGUGCCAGGACUUUUACAAUGAUGCCCCCUGGAGGCCAGCUGGAAGCAUUGACCCACAUGUCUGCAGAAAGUGCAACUGCAAUGGACACUCUGAGCGAUGUCACUUUGACCUACAGCGCUACAUAAGCACUGGGCAGAUCAGUGGAGGUGUGUGUGACGACUGCAGAAACAACCGCAUGGGCGCUCAGUGUGAACUGUGCAAGCAACACUACUACAAGGACCCGCUGCGCUCUCUAAAUGACCCUUAUGCUUGCAUACCUUGCGUCUGCAACUCUGCAGGGUCUGUGGAGGGUGGGUUGUGUGAUCCAGUGAGUGGUCAGUGUGUGUGUAAGCAGAAUGUAAAGGGAGAGCGCUGUGACCGGUGCAAGAUUGGAUUCUUUAGACUCAGCCAGGAAGACCCUGGAGGCUGCCAGAGAUGUAUGUGUAACUUCUUGGGCACUAUAAGCACCUCCCCAUGUGACCAGAACACAGGCCAGUGCAUUUGUGAUCACUUUGCUCAGGGACCAGAGUGUGAUCAGUGUGUGCCAGGAUACUGGGGACUAGGAAAUACAGUCUAUGAUUGUCAACCUUGUGACUGUGACAUAGGAGGAGCCUUCAGUACUCUGUGUUCUUCAGAGAAUGGCCAAUGUCAGUGCAGAGCCAAUAUGGUGGGACCUCGCUGUAGUGAACCUGCUCCUGGUUACUUCUUGGCCCCUCUCGAUUUCUACCUCUAUGAGGCAGAAAAGGCUGCUCCUCUUGACACCAAGUGCUUCUCUGACCUGGUAGAACCUAAUACACCCCUGUAUCCUGCUACAUCUCCUCCACCACGAUACUGUCCCCCAGGAACCAUAGCUUCUGAGCCUACACCACAGCCUUAUUACCGACCUGAGCCUACACCACAGCCUUAUUACCGACCUGAGCCUACACCACAGCCUUAUGACCCCAACCUACCUGGGCCUCCUACAUAUGAGAAUACUUGGCCUCCUACAGCAUAUCAGACUUUCCCUCCUGCUGUCACUCUGCCUAGCUGUGUGAACUACUUCAAAAGCAAAGGCUAUGAUGUUGAGUUCAGGGAUGGCAGAUUUGUGGUUGUUAAGCGUGAAAGCCGUCGAAAACGAAGACAAGGCCAGAGCACCAUUCCCCUGCAGCCAGGAUCCCUCCAUCAGGUCAUCCUACGACCACAUACUCCAGAUAAACCUAUUACUUGGACUGGACCAGGAGUUGUGCGGGUUCAAGAUGGAGCAGGACUCCGAUUUAUUGUCACCAACAUCCCUUUAACUCUUAACUAUCAUCUUGUUAUUCGCUAUGAGGCACAGUCCACAGAUGAUUGGACAGCCAUUGUAAAAAUUGUGCCAUUAGGAUCUAUUCAUGAAAAUUGUCCAUAUGAUCCAUCCGAGAAAACCUUUACGCUUUCUAGCACCAGCAGGAUGGCUAUCUUGGAUCCUUCUGUGUGCCUCAGCGCUGGCGUCAGGUACUAUGUGGAUAUCACAUUUGAAAAUCCUGACCCUUACUGCAGCUCACAUAUUCUAAUAGAUACAAUGGGACUUAUUCCAAAAAUGGAGUCUUUGCCAAAUUUCUGCUCUGAUGCAUCCCUGGCUCAAUACCAGAAGUAUCGCUGUGUGGAGCUCGGUGCACAGGCAGGAGAAAAUACUCUGCCUGAGGUGUGUGAAAAACUGGUUGCCAGCAUGUCAGCAUACAUCCAUAAUGGUGCAAUACCAUGUAGAUGUAAUCCUGUGGGGUCAUUCAGCUUAUCCUGCAGUAAAUUUACAGGACAAUGUGACUGCAAACCCAACGUGGUUGGCCGCUGCUGCAACACCUGCACCCCUUUGACCUAUGGGUUUGGACAAAAUGGAUGCUCACCAUGUAACUGCGAGCCCUCGGGUUCCAAAGCUGAGUUCUGUGACCAUAAAACCGGACAGUGCCAAUGCCAUAAUGGAAUCACAGGCCGACGAUGUGAUAGAUGCAUUUCCGGAUAUUAUGGUUUUCCUAACUGCAGACGUUGCCAGUGUAACGGGCUGUCUGACCUCUGUGACCACAUUACUGGAGUCUGUCUAAACUGCAGGGGGCAUUCAACUGGGCCCCACUGUGAAAGGUGUGAUGAAGGUUACUUUGGAGAUCCUGUUGUAAGAGAAACCUGUCAGCCAUGCCUGUGUCCAGACGUGAAAGGCAGUGGUCGUUUCUUUGCUCAUUCCUGUGGAAAGGACCCAAAUUCUCUAACCCCAAACUGUCAAUGCAAAACUGGGCAUCAAGGCCCACACUGUGAUAAAUGUGCACCUGGUUACUACGGUAACCUCCUAUUGCCAGGCUCUACAUGCAAAGAGUGUCCCUGCAACAACAACAUCGAUCCCGAUGAUGGCGAGGCGUGUGAUGCUUUAACUGGCAAUUGUCUCCGCUGCUUGCAUAACACUUUUGGGCCUCAGUGCCAGACCUGUAAACAAGGAUACUACGGCAAUGCACUGCUCCAGGACUGCAGAGAAUGCUCAUGUGACCAACAGGGCACAGACAUGACUAAAUGCUUACUUGGCAGCCCCUGCAUAUGUGAUGAGGUGACUGGGCAAUGCCCAUGCCGUCAUGGAGUGGUAGGCAUUCGGUGUGAUCGUUGUGAGGAUGAAUACUGGAAUCUGAGUGGACAGUCUGGGUGUCAGCCCUGUAACUGUCACCCGAGCCGAUCUUUCAGCAAUCAGUGUGACAAGGUUACUGGCCAGUGCCCUUGUGAAACAGGGUAUGGUGGGAAACAGUGCCAGGAGUGUGCAGCUAAUCAUUUUGGAAAUGCUGAUAUUCAAUGCAUAUCUUGCGACUGUGACAUGCAGGGCUCUGUCUUCCCAGGCUGUGAUCCUGACACAGGUGAGUGUCUGUGUCGGCCUGGAGUGCGUGGCAAUUUCUGUGAAAUGUGUGCUCCAGGGUAUGAUCCGGUCUUCCCAGCCUGCGAGCCCUGCCACCCUUGUUACCAUCAAUGGGGAGAAAAUGUCACAGACAUUUCAAAGGCUAUGGAAAACAUGCAGUCUCUGAUUUCCAAAUAUGGAGGAAAUCUGUUACCCAGUGACAAGCGACACCAGGAAAAGAUACAAAAGUUGAAUGAGUCCUUCAUGAGCCUGGUUAGCAUGCUAGGCUCAGACCAGGUUAAUUUGGGGAGCCUACAGAAUUUCCUGAAUCAAAUAAGGAACUUAGCAGAAACCACAGAUCCAAAUAUUAUUAUUAUCGAUCCAACUAAGCUGCUGGAAACUGAAAUUGAUAACAUUUAUCAUGAGUUCAAGAGGUUACUGGAUGAUCUGCAUAAGAAAAUGAAAGACACUCACAAAAUAGAUUUAAAAGAGAUAAAUGACACACUGGAGAAGAUCCGUAAGCUCCAUACUGACUUACAGAAAGAUGAAGAAAGGGUGAAGAAGGCAAGAAAUAAGAUAGACACUUCCAGGCAGAUCCGACAGGACACAAAAAAAGAGCUGGCCAAAUGCCAGCUGAGGCCGUUGGAUGUACUGGAGAAGAAGGUUAAAGGGCUUAGUGUGGCCAAACUUAAUGAGGAGAUUUGUGGAGCACCAGGUGAUGCAGAGUGUGAAAAGGCUGCGUGUGGUGGUGCUCUGUGUGGAAAGUGUGGUGGGCCAUCUUGUACAGGAAGCCUACCUAUCGCCCUUAACGCCACAGACACAGCAAAGAAGAUCAAAGCAGGCAUUCAAAGUCUGCUCCAAAAUCUCACAGAGGCAGAAACAAAGAUAAAAGACAUCGAAAAUCUGAAUAAAGAUGUGAAAACCAAGGCACAGAACAUGAUGAAUAAAAUCGACAAGACUAAGAGCAAGUAUGAAAAGACCAAGAAUGACACUAAAAAACUUAUAGAGAGUGUCAGGGAGUACCUCAGUGAAGAGUCAAUGGAACCGGAAGACAUUGACAAGGUAGCAUCUGCCGUGUUGGCUAUUAAUCUUCCAAGUUCUCCAGAUGAGAUCAAGAGGAUGAUUCAGGAUAUUCAGAAGAUGAUGGAGAACUUCACACACAUUACAGAAGACCUAAAGGACUUGGAGGAUCAGGCCAAAUUAGCCAGAGACUUGAAAAACAAAGCUGAUGAAAUCCUAAACAGAACUAAGGAAACUGAUGUCAGUGACAUAGAGAAAACCCUGAAUGACACUUCCCAACUCCAUGACAAGAUAAAACAGAAGCUGAAUGACACUGAAGACAACAGAAAUGUUACUGAUAAAUUACUUGAUCAGAGUGAAAAAAAACUAACAAAUGCUGAAAAGAAUUUAAACAAGCCUCUGGCCAAAAGGCUUAAAAAUGAAAUUGAGGCUCUGAAGAAUAAAACAGAAAUGAAUCGUGCUCAGGCUUUGGAGGCAAAAGCUGUAGCUGAUGCAGCAUUAUCCAACGUUACAGACGCUAACAAGGAUCUUGAAGAAAUAGAAGACAAAUUAAAAAAGCUGAAAAACAACACUCAGGCUCUAAAUGAUACAAUAACUGAGCAUUUGAAGAAUAUAACAAUGGAGGCUAAAAAUAUGGCAAAAGAUGUUGAAGCUAAAAUGAAACAAAUUGAAGACUUGGAGAAAAGGAUUCAAAAUGCAGUGCAAGAUAAAAUUAAUAAAAUGAAAGAACUGGAAGAUCUGUUGGCAGAGGCGAUGAGCUUGAAGGAAUAUAUUGCUGAAAAAGUUGUCAAUUAUACGCAGUGUGGCACUUAAGCCUGCAGAUGUCUCUGUCUUCACCUGCAACCACAAGCAAUGCUACGUGUCCAGUCUUGAUGACUCUAGCUCUUAUCAUUGGUCUUGCAAAAAAAAUAAAAAAUUGCCAGAAAACUAAGAUUUUUCAGUGGCUGUACAUGAUUGGGACUUUGAUUUUGAUUGACAUUCCCACUGUGUGUGCUAUAUUAAUCACACAGUUUUUGAAUCAGCUCCAAAGAACAAAGCCUAUGUAGAAGAAAGUAAAAUACAUAUCUGUAUCACACAGAACAUUUCAAGAACAACAGUAUUUAUCUAGUAAUUUUAGUAUAUUUUUUCUUUGUUACCCUUUGGUGUGUAACUACAAUCACCAAUAAAAUUGAGGUCUACUAUGUAA